AUGGUGGAUUUCCAGGCCUUCUCGCACUAUGCGCGCAAUGGUGCCAACGCAACCAUCCGCGGCUCCCAGUCCAAAGACCUGUCUGAGACCACGCGAGAACAAAUUGUAGAACUGUUUGAGAGCAACAUGAAACGUCUGUACCAGGCAUCGGACUGGGGCUACGACGCAGCGGCCAAGCGAACAGAACUCUUCGAGACUGAGGCGCGCUUUCUCUUUGUUUACGAUGAGAGCGAAUCACUAGUGGGCUUCGCGCACUUCCGAUUCGUGGAGGACGACGGCGCUCUGGUGCUGUAUCUGUAUGAGGUACAACUGGCUGCCGCAACACAAAACCAAGGCCUUGGCGAGUUCCUCAUGCAGCUGCUGCUGCUGGUUGCGAGGAAGCACGGAAUGGAGCUCAUGGUGCUUACCGUGUUCAAGAACAACACUGGCGCCAUGAGGUUCUACAGAGAACGAUUGGGCUUUGAGAUUGAUGAGACGUCGCCGAGUGCGUGUGGAGACGACUCGCAAGACUACGAAAUCCUGAGCAAAAGCGUCACACAGGCGUAA